AGGUUGGUAGUAUGUAAAAGAUUCUCUUGACGAAUUUUUCUUUUUCGGUUGAAUUUUUCAGCACGAAAACAUCCAAAAGCAGACAUUGAAACUCUUUUUCGCCAUCUCCCUUGAUUAUCAAUCAGAUUCGCAAUCCGAGUCUCAUUCCGGUUUCAGACAAUCAAGUCAUACAAAGAAGCGGUGAUCUCAUCUUAUCGAUAAACAUAUAACCUACCCCUCGCCUCUCUCAAUUGCCCUAAAAUCAUCUUCUCUUUAUUCACAAUGGGCUCCAUGGAAAACGGACACACUGACCGCGGCUUUGGGACACUGGCUGUCCACGCUGGCUCGCCCCAUGACCCAGUGACCGGCGCUGUUAUUGCCCCGAUCUCUCUGUCGACCACAUAUGCUCAGACCAGUGUCGGAAACCCCGUUGGUCUGUAUGAGUACACACGGAGCUCCAACCCCAACCGUGACAACUUCGAGCAAGCCGUUGCCGCUCUUGAGCACGCCAAGUACGCUCUUGCAUUCUCUUCCGGCUCCGCCGCUACUGCCAAUAUCCUCCAAUCCCUUGCUGCUGGCUCGCACGUCGUUUCGGUUUCCGAUGUUUACGGUGGUACCCACCGAUACUUCACCAAGGUUGCUUCGGCGCACGGUGUGCAGGUCACCUUCACCCCUUCUAUUGAGGUGGAUGUGGAGCAAUUGAUCCGCCCCGAGACUAAGCUCAUUUGGAUUGAGACCCCCUCCAACCCGACUCUUGGUUUGGUGGAUAUCCGGGCUGUUGCCAACAUUGCCCACCAGCACGGUAUCCAGGUCGUUGUCGAUAACACUUUCAUGAGCCCCUACGUCCAGAACCCAUUGGACCACGGUGCCGAUAUUGUUGUUCACUCCGUGACCAAGUACAUUAAUGGCCACUCCGAUGUCCUGAUGGGCGUGGCUGCUUUCAGCUCUGAGGCCCUCAAGGAGCGCCUUGGCUUCCUCCAGAACGCUAUCGGUGCCGUCCCCUCUGCAUUUGACUGCUGGCUCGCUCACCGCGGUCUGAAGACCCUGCACCUGCGCGCGCGAGGCUUCCAAGAAUGCCACUGUCAUCGCUAA